AUGCUGCCCCAAGAAAUAUUUUCUCUGCUUACACUGUUCUGUGUUUUCAGGGCGCCUGUUUCUGCUCUGGAUGAAGACGACGACUACGAUCUCAUGUAUGUGAACCUGGAUAAUGAAAUCGAAGGUCCAGUUCUCGGUGCUGAGGAAACUGUUUCGUGCGACUGCCAGCAAGAGCACACCAAGUGGGACAAGCUCUUCAUCAUGCUUGAGAACUCCCAGAUGAAAGAGAACAUGAUGCUGCAGGCGGUGGACGAGCUCCCGAAGGUGGACCUGCAGACCCUGAAAGCGGAGCUGAGCCAGCUCACCACCAACCUUGCAGGCACCUUCACUGCCGCAGUGGAGAAAGUCACCUCCCACAUCGUGUCACGGGUAGAGCAGGCACUUGUGAGGAACUGUGACCAAGCUGAAGAAGCCAAGAGGCUUCGUGAGUCCGAGCAAGGCAAAGUUCUUGAGCACGUUCUGCUGCUGAGCCACAAUGUGUCCAGCAGGCUCGACCGGCUGGAGAGCGCUUGGCUGAGGAGAUCUGAGGUGGAGGCUCUUUAGGAGAAGUUCCUUCCCACCAGAGCAGAGGAUCUCCUUUUGAACUCCUUGUGGAAAGAGCUACAGCAAACCAGAGCUGAACUGAAGGCAUCGCAGAGAUGGGCAGCUCAGCACUUACUGCCAGCAGGGUGUGAAACAGCUAUUCUGUUCCCCAUGCGUUCGAAAAAGAUAUUUGGGAGUGUUCACCCAACUGCUGGAAUGUCCCUUCACUCCUUUACUGCUUGUAUCUGGAUCAAGGUGACGGAGGCUUUGGACAAAACCAUCAUCUUCUCCUAUGGAACCAAGUUCAAUCCAUACGAAAUCCAGCUUUAUCUCAGCCGGGAGUCUGCAGUGCUGGUCGUUGGUGGGAACGAGCACAAGUUAGCUGUCAAAAACGCAGUUUUUCCUGGCAAGUGGAUCCAUCUCUGCGGCGCCUGGAGCUCAGAGAACGGAUCUGCGUCCCUGUGGGUGAAGGGAGAGCUUGCCGCCACCGCCUCAGACCUUGCCAACGCUCACAGCAUUCCAGACGGAGGGAUUUUGCAGAUCGGUCAAGAAAAGAACGGCUGCUGCAUUGGAGGUGGAUUUGAUGAAGCUUUAGCCUUCUCCGGGAAAUUAACUGGCUUUAACAUGUGGGACAGAGUGCUCAGUGCCAAAGAGAUAGCGGCGCAGAGCAGCGAAGACGCGUGCGGCAUCAGGGGCAACGUUGUCGGGUGGGGAGUCACGGAAGUUUUGACGUAUGGAGGAGCUCAGUAUGUCUCUUAA